AUGCAGGGAGUACUUAGCUCAGUCGCCCCCUCCACGCUCAGGGCCUACGUGGCGGCAAUGGAGCGCUUCGUGGGCUUUACCUGGGGGGCGGGCGGAGGGGCCGCCCUCCCCCCUUCCGAGGACGAGGUGCUGCGUUACCUGGUCCACCUGCGCGUGCUGGGGCGGGGCCCCUGCUCCAUGAGAAGAGAGCUAGCAGCAGUAUCCUUCUUCUGUAAGGCCCUAGGGUUCCCUGACCCAUGCCGCGGCUUCAUUCCCCGCAGGGCUGUCGAGGGCUGGGCCAGGCUGGCUCCGCCUCCCCCCGACAGGAGGCGCCCCAUUUCACUCUCCAUCCUACGUCGCCUCUUGGGGGUCCUUCCCGACUGCUGCUGGUCCCCCUUCGAGGCUCGGCUGUUCCACACGGCCUUUACCCUGGCCUUCUUCGGGGCGCUGCGGGUGGGCGAGCUGGUGGCGGGCUCCCGGGAUGACCCAAGCGGCAGGGCGCUCAGCUUCUCGGACGUCUCCUGGUCCCCCAAGCAAGUUUCCAUCACGAUCCGUCGCUCCAAGACGGAUCAGCGGGGAAGGGGGGUCACCCUAUGCCUGCGGGCCUCCCGGCGGGGGUCAGUCUGCCCGGUUCGGGCGGUGGGUUCUUACCUGGGCAUUCGCCCUCCCCUCCAGGGCCCCUUCCUCAUACACAGGGAUCACUCCCCACUCACCCGCUACCAGUUCGCCUCCCUGCUGCGAGCUUGCUUGGAAGCGGCCAGGCUCCCUCCCGCGGAGUUCGGCACGCAUUCCUUCCGUAUCAGGGUGGCCACCGAGGCCGCCAGCAUCAGUCUGCCGGACAAGACCAUCAUGGCCAUUGGGCGCUGGCGGUCCGGGGCUUUUCGCUCCUACAUUCGGCCCAGCGGGGGGGGCAGUCAUUAA